CGUUGCUUUGCUUACACUUACAGACUUCUCUUUGGGAAACUUGUCCAGCGCUUUUUUGGCUCGUGCUGAGCACAUCUGGAGACGCACACAACGCGCAUCUGGAGUGUUUCUGACAACACACCGAGACCUGGACGUGGAGAUGGAUAUCAUUUAAGUGGAUAUUGACCCGGCAUCUUCUCUUUUUCGUGGGUGUGCCGCUCUUCUCUGAAGGAACACAAGGCUCUCGUUGUUCUGGUGCUGUCCACUGUUUGGAAGUCCAGCUGUGUGCGCACGCGCGCCUUACUCCAACAGCAGAUGACUGUUUUUUAGGUAGCAGCUGAAAUGAGGAAAGCACCAAAAGGAGUGGGAAGGACAAUAAUGGAUCAAAUCUAUCGAGACAGGACAUGGGAUAGGACUCUCCUUGUGCUCUUUGUAGUUCUUGAACUUAUUAUGGCUCACUCGUCUAUGGUGCCAGGUACACUGGAACUCCAGCUAGAUGAAGAGCAACCAGCUGGUACUGUUGUUGGUGACAUCAGUGCUGGCUUACCCCCAGGAGUCACAGCAUCUCUUUAUUUCAUCUCCGACCAUGAAGGAACAGGUGUUGGUACGGAUUUGGACAUUGAUGAGAGCACAGGCAUUAUAAAGACAGCCAAGGUCUUGGAUCGGGAAUUGCGGGACCACUACAAUUUCAUAGCGGUCACUAUGACCGGUGUGACAGUGGAGGUGACCAUUUUGGUCAAUGACAUCAAUGACCAUGCUCCUACAUUCCCCAGGAAACGAGCCACUUUCAGAAUCCCUGAGCAGACUACCAUAGGCACAAAGUUUCCUCUUGAGCCCGCUUUGGAUGCCGACAAAGACCAGCUGACAACUCAAGGAUACAUCAUAACGGAUGGGAAUGUGGGACAAGCUUUUCUUCUUGAAACCAGAAGGGGCUCCAAUCAGGUACUUUAUCUGGACUUGGUAGUCAAUGCAAUUCUGGACAGGGAGACAAGAUCAUCCUAUACCCUCCUUUUGGAGGCUUUUGAUGGUGGCUCUCCCAAGAAGACUGGACAAAUGAUCCUAGACAUUACUGUCCAGGACAUCAAUGACAAUGCUCCAGUGUUUAACCAGAGCCGCUACCAUACUAUAAUCUUGGAGAACCUGCAGCCAGGUAACAACAUACUACAAGUGUUUGCUUCAGAUGCUGAUGAGGGCGACAAUGGCCUUGUGCUUUAUGAAAUCAAUAGGAGACAAAGUGACCCUGAUCGCUACUUUAUCAUUAACUCCCGCACCGGGGUAAUAACUCUCAACAAGCCCCUGGACUAUGAAAUGAGGAGAGUUCACGAAUUGGUGGUUCAGGCAAGGGAUAAUGCCACACAUCCUGAGGUCACCAAUGCCUUUGUAACCAUACAUGUGCGGGACUAUAACGACAACCAGCCAACAAUGACCAUCAUCUUCCUCAGUGAAGAUGGCUCACCACGCAUAUCAGAGGGAGCACAACCUGGCCAGUACGUGGCUCGCAUCUCUGUCACAGACCCAGAUUAUGGUGAAUACGCCAAUGUCAACGUGUCUUUGGAGGGAGGAGAUGGGAAGUUCGCCCUGACCACUAAAGACAACAUCAUCUACCUCAUAUGUGUAGAUGAGAUCCUGGAUCGUGAAGAACGAGAUCGAUAUGAACUGAGGGUCAUGGCCACAGACUCUGGAACCCCUCCAUUACAAGCCGAGUCUUCUUUUACCAUCCAGGUGACGGAUGUCAAUGACAAUCCACCUUUGUUUGACCAUCAGGAAUAUACCCAGAUCAUCCCAGAAGUUAUCUUUCCAGGGAGCUUUGUGCUUCAGGUCACUGCACGAGAUAAAGACCAGGGCCCUAAUGGGGAGGUCCAGUACAGCAUCCUACAGACUCUAGAGACUCACUCAGACUGGUUCAGCAUUGACACUGUCACUGGCAUCAUCACUACCCUCACCCAACUGGAUUACGAAACGGAUCCCACUCCUAACAUGAUUGUGGUGGCUACAGAUAGGGGUAGACCUCCCCUGUCCUCUACUUCUGUAGUCAAAGUCAUCCUACAGGAUAUUAAUGACAAUGAACCUAUUUUUGAAAGCAAGUUCUACAAUGCAUCCCUUAAAGAGAACACUGCAGCAGGAACCUGCUUCAUGGAGGUAAAAGCCAGGGAUGCAGAUGGUGGCUCGUUUGGCUCGGUAUCCUACUCUCUGGGCUCCGGGCCUGGCAGUUUGACCCCUCCUCACUUCUCUAUCAACAAAGACAGUGGCCAAAUCUGCACCAGCGCCAGCCUGGACCGAGACCAGGGCCCAACCAGUUACGACUUCACAGUCACUGCAGUGGACGGGGGUGGGUUGAGCUCUGUGGCCUACGUGCGUGUUGACCUGCUGGACAUCAAUGACAACCGGCCAGCCUUCUACCCUCAGCACUAUGCUGUGAGUCUGAGCACCCAGAGCAGUCCCGGCACCUCUGUCAUACGAGUGACCGCCCAUGACCCAGAUGCGGGAGAGAACGGUAGGGUGACAUACCGCACAGCGCCCGGGGGAGGCUCACCCUUCUUCACCCUCAAUAAAGAUACUGGAGUCAUCUCACUGUCUCGCUCUCUACACGGCAAAGCAAACUCAGUCAUUGCCAUGGUGAUCUCAGCCCAGGAUGGGGGUGGCCUCACUGCUCCAGUCAAUGCCAGGGUCAAUAUCAGUAUCGUGGCAGGCCUGGUGGCGCCCCCUGUGUUUGAACAGUCGCAAUACUUCUUCACAGUGACUGAGGACGCACUGCGUGGGACACAAGUGGGCACUGUACGUGCCAGCUCUAAAAACGGUAUCUCAAAGGAUAUCUACUACACCAUCUGCUCCGGUGACCCAACUGGCUAUUUCACAGUGGACCCUGAGACCGGAGUCCUGAGGACCAGCUUGCCACUGGACCAUGAGGCUCAGCCCACCCUAGAGCUGGAGAUCCAGGCACAAAGCGGGAACCCCCCAGCAUUUGGCCAAACCCGCGUUCGCAUUGCAGUGGCAGAUGUCAAUGACAAUGCUCCUGUCUUCAUCCCAUCCUCCUCUGAAUCUCUGAUCAUUCCAGAAGAUACAAGAAUGGGCACAGUCAUGUACAAGAUCCAGGCGGAGGACCAUGACUCAGGACACAAUGGCGUUCUCACCUUUGACCUGAUCUCCAGCAGUGCCCACAGGACCUUCAGUGUGGACCGGGCCAGCGGGGAGAUCCGUCUGAUUGGCAGCUUGUCAUAUGAGACUGUGCCCCGGUAUGAUCUUCAGGUGGUCGCUAAGGACAUGGGGGCGCCCCAGCUCAGUGCAACUUUCACUCUGGUGGUCCAUGUGCAGGCUGAGAACAGCCAUGGGCCUGUUUUUGAUACCCUUACCUACCGUGUGGAGCUGAAGGAGGGCACCCCACUCAACACCCGCUUCCUGCAGGUUCGUGCUCUCAACAGGGACAGCGGAGUCGGGAUGGGUCCCAGCGUCUCUAGUCCAUUAGCCUACCACCUGCAGCCAGAUGGGGACGCUGCAGGUUUUGGCAUUGCACCAGACAGCGGCUGGCUCUUUGUAAAAAGCGCUCUGGAUCGUGAGGUUAAAGAGGUGUACCUGCUGACGGUGCUUGCAACAGCUGGACAUGGACGACUGAAGAAGACAGGCAGUGCCACAGUGCGAGUGUCGGUGACUGACGAAAAUGACAACUCACCUCGGUUUACUCAGGACAGAGCCUUCCUGACAGUACAUGAGAACCUGCCGGCCGGGACAGGAUUUGGUCGGGUUUCUGCCACGGACCGAGAUGCGGGGCUCAACGGCCGCCUCAGCUACCGGCUCUUGCACCCAGACCGCCACUUCCAGAUCAACUCCCACACAGGAGAGAUCAGCACCAGGCCCUCUCUGGACCGUGAGCACCAGUCCAGUUACCAGCUAAUCGUGGUGGUUCAGGACAGUGGUACCCCACCCCGCAGUGCCACAGGGACGGCCUUCAUCACGGUUCUGGACAUGAAUGAUAAUGCUCCUGUCUUCACCCACUCCCAGUCAGGCAGAGAGAUCUUCAUGCAGGUGCUGGAAGGACAGCCAUCAGGAGUUCUACUGGGCACUCUAACCGCAAAGGACCCAGAUGAGGGAGAAAAUGGGACCGUUUUCUAUUCAAUGUCAGGUCCAAGGGCAGAGCGCUUCUCUCUGCACCCUAUCACAGGCGAGCUACACUCCUCCAGCCUGCUGAGCCAUGCCGAACGGCCUGAUUACAGCUUCACCAUCCUGGCCACGGAUCGUGGCUCACCACCCCAGAGCUCCACAGCCACGCUGAGAAUACAGGUUCUCAGCUCCACCAAGGCAUCGUCCACAACCAAUUUGGUGUCCAUCACCUUGAACCCAAUGGAAGGAGCUAAGCCUGGCUCUAUCAUAGGAAGUGUUGGAUCACCUGACAUUCAGACUCUCCCUGAAGGCUUGGUCACUUAUACUGUGGUUGGGGGUACAGAUCAAGAUGGGACCUUUGUAGUGGACCGGCAGAUGGGGGACGUGUAUCUGGCCCGCGAGUUGGACUUUGAGAGGGCUCCACGCUACACUCUCCAAAUUGAAGUGGACAAUUUCUCCACACCGCUGCCCAGAAGCCAUUUUGUCACCUUGGAGAUCGAUGUGCAGGACAGCAAUGACCAUUCACCACAGUUUCCUGAAGAUCCCAUCACCAUAGUGGUGCCUGAGAACAUGGAGCCUGGAUCUUCUCUCUAUACCUUCCAGGCUGCUGACAAAGAUGGGAGUGGUCCCAAUAGUGAAAUCAGCUAUUCAAUCAUUCAGCAGUGGCCCAGCAGUCCAGACCUUCUAUUGCUGGACCCCAGCACUGGAGUCAUGACUCUGGGCCAGUGGCUGGACCAUGAGAGCACCUCAUCCCUCCUGCUAGUGGUCCAGGCCACUGAUUCAGCCCUGGAUGAGAGUCAACGGCGCCGUGGGACAGUCACUACCCGAAUUUUUGUUACAGAUGUGAAUGACAAUGCACCUGUGUUCACCUCACCUUCUGCAGUCAGUGUUAUGGAGGACCAGCCAGUGGGCUUCAUUCUGCUGUAUGUCAUGGCUCAGGACCUGGACCAGGGUGAGAACGGCCGUGUGUCUUACCGCAUACAGGAUGGAAAUGCAGAGGGAAAGUUCAGCCUCAACCCAAACACUGGGUCCUUGUCUAUCCUCAAGCCCAUUGAUCGUGAGGAGCUGGCCCAGUUCAACCUGACCAUAGUAGCAGAGGAUCACGGUGUCCCCCAACAGUCCAGCACUCAGCUACUGACCGUGCAGGUGAUUGACGUGAAUGAUGAAGUGCCGUACUUUGAAGAGAACGUGUAUGAGGCCUUCGUUACUGAAAACCAGCCUGCAGGAGCCACUGUACUGGUUGUGUCUGCUUCCGACUUGGACCAAGGGAGCAAUGGUGCUGUGACAUAUGGUGGCAUGACAGCGGAUGACUUCAGCAUCCAUCCAGUGACAGGUGUUAUAGUAACCACCAAAGCCCUGGACAGGGAAGCCCAGGAGGAUUACACUGUGACAGUGUAUGUCAAAGACGGUGGUUUUCCACCUAAUUUUGCCAAGGCCACAGUGCAUAUCACGGUGCUGGAUGAGAAUGACAACAGGCCAGCCUUUGGGAGGGUGUAUUACAGCCUCGAGGUGCCUGAGAACCUGGAGCCGGUGACCCUGUUCACCCUGAGAGCAACUGACCUGGACUCGGGUGAUAGUGGGCUGGUGCAAUACAAAAUCACAGAUGGAGACCCUUCAGGAGACUUUCACUUGGACCACAAAUCGGGUGUUCUGUCCACUUCCAGGGCUUUGGACAGGGAGCAGAAAGCCCGGUACACACUCACUGUGGAAGCUCAUGAUCUGGGCACCCCUGCUCUCAGCAGCACUGUCACUCUGGACAUCAGUGUCCUGGACCUAAAUGACAACAGUCCUGUGUUUACCAGCAGCAGCUACACAGUAGAAAUUGCUGAGGAUGUCCCUGAAGGCUCUUUCGUAUUGGAGGUUACAGCUACUGACCAAGAUGAGGGCUCCAACGGCCAGGUGGUCUACUUCUUGAGUCGAGAGUCCAGGGGCAUGUUCAUUGUGGACCAGCACACUGGUCGCAUCAUCACAGCAGCUGCACUCGACCGGGAGAAAGUCCCAUCCUACAGCUUCCAGGUGUACGCUAUGGACUCCUCCGCUGGCGAUCCACACAACUCUUCAGCUCAGGUGACCAUCCACAUCCUUGAUGUAAACGACAAUGCACCCUUCUUCAUCACAGACCCCCUUAUCAUCAACAUCUCCAGCAGCAGCAUCGCCAGCCAUCGAGUGCUGGCUACCAUGAGAGCUGAGGACAAGGACUUUGGGGCUAAUGGUUCAGUGUUCUAUCGUUUCGCCAACCCUGUUAAAGGCUUUACCAUAAAUUCACUGACUGGGGACAUUCAGGCCACUGAGAAGCUCCACAGUUUGACCCAAAGCCAGAGGACGCUGAUAGUGCAAGCCAUGGACCAGGGAAGUCCACCACAGUCUUCACUGGGAGUGGUAGUGGUCUAUAUACGGGAGCAGAGCUACAGGGGAAUCCGCUUCAGCCGAAACUCCAAGGAUGUCAGCCUACAGGAAAAUGCCGCCAAAGGCACUGCAGUGGUGCAGAUCCAGGCCCAGUAUCCUGAUGGCUCCCGCAGUGGAAUCACUUAUAGCAUCUUCAGUGGCAAUAAGCUACAGUCUUUCAGCAUUAGCCCCACUACAGGUGAAAUCUGGGUGGAGAGCUCCAAGGGGCUGGAUUUUGAAGAGACCCCUAGACUCCGCCUAGUGGUCAAGGCUGAAACUGCAUCCUCCAGUUCUUUCAUGGCAGUUAACCUGAUCCUGCAAGAUGUCAAUGACAACUUGCCACGCUUCCAGCUCCACAAUUACGUUGCUUAUGUUCGUGAGGCCCAGGGAUAUGAUUUCCCCAUCAUUCAGGUGCUGGCAGACGACCUUGACCAGGGUCAGAACGGCCAGGUGACCUACUCCAUCAGGUCAUCAUCCAUGAGUGGCCUGUUCAAGAUCGACCCUCUCACGGGUAGCAUCUCCACAGCAGCUAUCAUGGACAGAGAAAUCUGGACACAGACUAAGCUGGUCGUCAUGGCGACGGACAGGGGCAGUCCUCGAUUAGCAGGCUCUGCCACUCUCACCGUUAUCAUAGUGGAUCUGAACGACAACCGGCCUACCAUCCCAAUGCCUCGCGAAGUGCGCGUCCCUGAGAACACACUGAUUGGGACAGUGAUCACCCAGGUAACGGGAAAUGAUGUGGACUCUGGUCCCGCCCUCUUUUACUCUCUGCACCUGGACUCCGACUCUCAGGGGAAAUUUGGAAUCCACCGCUACGGAGGUGGAGUCUCCCUGACCGGUCAGUUGGACUAUGAGAAGAGGACGUGGUACACUGUCACCAUCAGCACAUCAGACUCCAUGCAUCAGAGUGAAGCCAAUUUGACGGUACUGGUGGAGGACGUAAAUGAUAAUGCCCCAGUCUUCACUCAGGACCUUUACCAGGCAACACUUGCUGAACAUUCUCCAGCUGGUAGUUCUGUUAUCACUGUGACUGCUACAGACCGGGACUCUGGGGAGAAUGGCAAGGUUACAUAUAGAGUCGUGUCAACAAGAGACAUGUUCUACAUUGACUCAAGCAAUGGUACCCUGUUUAUCAACCAGGAGGCAAAGUUUGAUUCUGAGCGUCCGUCCUUCCUUGUGGUGAUUGAGGCUCGUGAUGGUGGAAAUCCACCACUGACUACUCUCACCACAGUGCAAGUACAGGUGACUGAUGUCAAUGAUAAUGCCCCUGUGUUCCAUCAAAACGAGUACAGAGCUGCUGUCUCAGAAGAUGAGCUCCCUGGAUCUACUGUCCUCACUUUAGAAGCUAUUGAUGGAGACCUUACCAGGGACAACUGUGGAUUUGACUUUGCUAUUGCAAGUGGAAACACUGGCAAUGUCUUCCAGAUUGAAAGUAGUGUGCGCUUCACUGAGGGCCAUGGAUUUCAGAUAGUGGGAACACUAAUCUUAGCUGAGAGGCUUGAUUUUGAACUUGUAUCUGUCUACAACCUGACUAUUGUCGCUUCAGACCGUGGCGUUCCCCAACAAAGCUCAAGUGUUCCUGUCUUAAUCACAGUAAUGGAUACCAAUGACAAUGCACCAGCCUUUAGUAGGGCAGAGUACAAUGUUGUCCUCAGCGAAGGGGCAGAAACUGGUAAGGAAAUACUUCGAUUGUCUGCUCUGGAUCCAGAUUCCACCCCUAAUGGAAAGGUGCAGUACUCUAUCAGCUCUGGAGAUGAGAGUGAACUCUUCUUUUUGGACCAGACGAGUGGUGCGCUUCGUGUGCGGAGGUCUUUGGAUAGUGAGUGGCGCUCCGCUCAUACACUCAUCGUGCAAGCCUCUGAUGGUCAGGGCCACUUUGCUCUUGUUCCUGUUAACGUAGAGGUCAAGGACAUCAAUGACAAUCGCCCUUUCUUUCCUCUUAAAACGCUGACGGCAAGCAUUCGUGAAAAUCGGCCUCAGAAUGCCCUCGUCACUAUGCUACAUGCCAUUGAUCAUGAUGCUGGUGCAUUUGGCCAGCUGAGGUAUUACAUGAUGGACAAAUCAGGAAAUGGCAAAGAGUCAUUUGUGGUCAAUCAGACAUCUGGCGAAGUCAGAACACGCUACAGUUUUGACUUUGAGAAAAUGAACUUGUUUCACUUUAUUGCCGUAGCAGUGGAUGCAGGCAACUACUCAGCAACCGCUACAGUUCAGGUGUAUGUGACUGGGGAGGAUGAGUAUGACCCUGUUUUCACCAGCUCACACUUUGCCUUCCAUGUCCCUGAGGGAGCAAAAAAGGGGCAGAGCAUUGGCCAAGUUCUUGCCAAAGAUGAAGAUGGAGGUGUGGAUGGGAUUGUUCUUUAUACUCUAUCUGAAAGUUCCCCAUACUUCGAGGUCAACAUCUCCACGGGGGUCAUCUCCCUGAAGAUGGAUGCACAUGGCCGGCACACAAGCCGCUCUAAGAGGGAAACCCGUCAGAUGACUCUGGAAGUUAUAGCUCACAGCCCAUUGGAGAGCUCCCGUGUAGCCACUACCCAGCUUACCAUUGAUGUCACGCAUACAUCCUUUGGUUUAACCUCUGACAUGAAUAUGCUGCUGGCUAGUGUCAUCGCUGCUUCCUUAGCAGCUAUAGUAGUCUUGAUCAUAAUCGUGGUGGUGCUCUUCCUAUUGCGAUCCAGAAGGAAGAAAUACCAAGAGGCACAUGCUAGAAUCGUGACCUCUGGCACAGUACUGGAGACUCUUGAUGAACCCAAAGUUCAUGGAAGUGAGAAACUCUACCACCAAACUCUUCCUGGAUAUGCUGCAGACCAGAGUGGGGGUGGAGGAGGGCCCUACACUCGAGGGGGAUCACUGGACCCAUCCCAUUCCAGUGGACGAGGCUCAGCUGAGGCAGAGGCGGCGGAGGAUGAUGAGAUCCGCAUGAUCAACGAAUAUCCACGUGUCUCCAGCAUUUCCUCCUCCAUGCAGGAGCACAUAGCUGCCCGUGGACCUGACUCUGGGAUCCAACAAGAUGCUGACCAGCUUUCUGACAUCUCUGGUGAACCUGGAAUGGAGAUGAAUCAGUGGUUUAAAGGAAAGAAGAUGGGAAGCUUGAGUGGGACUCUCUUGGCAGGCCAGACCCCAGUGUACCGAGAUGAAGGUGGUGGAUAUCUUGGGGUAGGAAGAGGGCUUAAUAUCUCACAGACUAAAGACUAUACUUUCCCAGAGGAUGGGAAACCUAUGGUGGAUGGCUCUCUGACUGCAAUUGUGGCUAGCGAUGAGGAACUGAGGGGCAGCUACAAUUGGGACUACCUCCUUAACUGGUGCCCUCAGUUCCAGCCACUGGCAAAUGUAUUUACAGAAAUAGCCCGGUUAAAAGACGAGAAUGCCCCAGUUAACACACGCCGACCUUUUCAGCCCAAACUGAAGGCUGAUCCCAAACCCAGAAUUGACCCCCCUCCUCUUAUAACAUCUGUAGCUCACCCUGGAGCUAAAACUGUACUUCCAAAACCUGCUGUUGGACGAACUCUUCCCCACCUAUCCUCUUUAAAACGAUCUCCCAUCAGCCAUGAUGGCUCUGUCUCCUCAAUAGCCAUGUCUCCCAGUUUCUCACCUUCCCUCUCUCCACUUGCUGCCCGUUCCCCAGCCAUUUCCCCAUUUGGGGUCAGCCAAGGCCCAUCUGCCUCCAUUAUCAGCACGACUGAACACUCUGUGGAGCACACUGAAGAGGCUGAGCUUAGGAUUUAAACAUUUAAACGCCUUGUACUGUUCCAAAAGCAUCCCGCCUGACUCAGGACUCUGUACAUGACAGUCAUCCAACUUGGCCAUAAUGUCAUGUUGCCUCACUGGCUGGCCAGAGAGCUGAGGAUGCAGUGUUUAAUUACCAUAUUGGACAGUUGAAGUCAGAAUGGCUUCUUACAGAUGCUCUCUCCACAUAUUUGACUUGGUAGCAAAGGACAUGUUCUGUUGCCUGCGUUUGCACAUUCUAUAGGAGAGCUAGGUUUGAUGUCAAUGUUUUGUAAGAGACGAACACUUUUUGUAUUAUAUAUUUUUGUACCAGUAUUUGUGUGUUUUUGACUAGAAGAUGGCAUUACUCAUGUCAUAAGGUUGUCAUAACCUCUGAUUAUAACUGUUAUUUGUAUAUAUGUGACUGUAACAGUAAGUUUGUAACAAGAGUUGUUCUAGUUUGUCUAAUUUACAGUUGGCAUUUUGCUUUUACUUCUCAUUGAUAUUAUGAAUAACGUUUAUUGUCUUAUCAAUAUUUAUAAAACAAACAAAUUUUACAGGCUAGUCAGAUGUAACAGACUAUGAAGUAUUUUGUUAUUCCAAAAAAAAAGGUAUCAUACAUGCUGCUCUCCUCUCAGCUAUGGGCACACAUGACUUAAGCUAAAGAAAACACAAAAAGCAGCCAAGCACAUUCAUUAAUACUCUCAAUGCUUUUGCAUUUUAAUAAAGAAUUCUGUCCUUAUUCUAGCUGCCCAGCGAUCCACAAUACGUUUGACCCAAAUUAAUCACAUUGUGGGUUAGAGAAGUGGACUGGUCAUGGAAGUCCUCAUGGAAGAAUGUUGAGUCAUGCUGUUUUUUUAUUCAAAUCCCAGUAUGCUGCAAAAAAAUGACAUCUUUGCGAGUGAAAAUAUUUUAAAUAGAGUUGUAAUACCUGAUAUUUCUCAUUAUGAGAUUAAUAUUGUAAGAUGUUUCAAAAGUGUGUCACAAAUAUCAGCCCUAACUGGCCAAUAUUUUUUCAGGUUUGAUCAAAUAGCAGACUUCUAAUAAGUUCUAGUAAGUUCAAUAAUCUUCUAAAACAAUCUCAAAAUUAAAAAUAUUAAAUAUGUUAACUAGUUUAUAGCACAGCAUAAAUAAAAUUAAGUAGUUUCAGUAUAGAUCACGUCAGCAUUUUAAAGUAAAACUACUCAAGAGACUAAAGAUGCUGAAAUAAACCUAUUUUGUAGCUUAACAAUGGCCUAUUAUUCUUUGAUGCUAGUGGGCCAUCACAUGGGCAAAUCCAGGGUCAUAGUCUAAACAGUCCAGGGUCAUAGAGCCAACACAGAUUGAUUGGGGGGCAGACAUGACAGAAACCAGAAUCAAGCAGAACAAACAGAACAGUACAAACAGAACAAACAACAAUACAUAGACCAGUACAAAGACCAACGUCCAGACAGGGGAAAACACAGGCUUAAAAUACAAGAGGAACAGGCAGGAACACAGGUGGAAACAAUCAGGGGUGGAGUCACGAAAUGAGGGGCUGGACUAAAAAACCAAAACAAAGAACACACGGGCUAAACCAAAACACAACACGGACACAUGGACAGGACUGGGAGGGGCCAAUCGUGACAGAUGCCCUUUAACAUUUUGAUAAUAACCAUUUUUAACCACCAAAGUAAAUUUGAAAUAUCUUUAAUUUGUGAAAUAGUACAAACAAAACUGGACACUAUAUAGAUAAACCUAUUUAAGUAUAGCUUUCUACCACUCCGCCUGACAAAAAUGGUGGUACAUGUUGUUUAAUUUCUAGAAAGCGCUUCUAAUUUCUAAUUUCUAAACAGAGCAGCAGUUACAUUCUGACACUUGCACAAGCACCCAACUGCUGCUCUAUUUAAGGUGGAUCAGGAAUUUUGAAUAAGAAGCCAUCUCCAUUUCCGCUAAGGACAUUUUUCUUAUAUAUACAUCCUAUGUGCUUGUGCCUCUGACCAGCAGAAAUUGCUGGUAUUAGGAAAAUAUUACAGUAAUUCAUGCUUCAGUAUCAUCAGGUCCACAGCCCCGAAACCGCAGCCUGAAUCUGAUACAGCUGACCAAGUCAGGUGACUAGAAAGUAAGCAUAGCAGUCGUUAGCAUGUUUUUAGCAUGUUAAGUCCUGUGUAGUGUGCUCAUCUUGUGGGGCCUGAAGAAUGAUCCAGUGUUUACAAGGUACAUUGAGGCAUGACAAGAAAAAACACCUGACCUCCACUGUUUGUGCAAAAGUUUCAAUCAGUCUACCACCCAUUUUUACAUUUAAGGUGAUCUCACUUGCCAAGAUGUCAUUGUUUGCACUGCAGGUGUUGUACCACUUUUCCCCCAAAAGGUAUAAUCAAAGGUAGGCCAACUGCCUAAUAUCUACACUAAGAAGACCUGGAUCCCAGUUACAAACAAAACUUGGCUUGAGUCAUGUUAGAUGCUAAUUAACAGACUAAAAAACAAAACUUUCAUCUUUUCUCCUGGCAGCCUGUGGUAGCACGUCGGUAGAUUUUCACACAUCUUUCAUGUGAUAAUGUGCAUCGCAUUUGUAAACAGCUCAAAUGAACUGGAAAUCUGCCUGGCCUUCCCAUGUCUUGCUUUUUUACCCUUAAGCGUUUUGCUAUUAAAGCCAGUUAUAUUGCCUGAAAUCAAAGUAUGUGGACACUUUGCAAAGAAACUAAGUGGAUCUAUGUAUCUGAGCAGCACUAUGGUACUGUAUUCCAAUCAAAUGUUUUACAAGUGUUAAGUCAUCAACAACUGCAUCACAACUCUUGCUAAUGAGGAUACACCAGUAUCCUGGCCUCAUGUCUUCUCUCCUUGCCAGUUUUAAACAACACAUUCUUUGUGGUGGCCCUUUCCAUGCCUUCCUUGAUAAUUUCAAGUGCAUUUUUUAGACUAUUUCAGUGUUUACUUACUGUAGCAUUCAAAUGAAAACAAAAACGCUGCUCGAUUUUUUUUUUAAUGAAGGAGGCAGUACACAGUUCAGCAAAUCUGCCUGCCUAGUGAAAUGAAUGUACUGUGUAUCCUUUUUGACUUCUCUUCAUCAUUGCUUGUGACUGAUGUUUGUUGCCAAGACUUUAUAUGCCUUUUUUGAUGAAGAAUAUGACGGUGAACAGUAUUAUUAAUGUUACCAUAUUAGCAGUAUUACCAGUGAAUUCACAUGGUCGUGCCUUCUAUUCAGAUGCCUGUAAGCUGUGGGUCAACUCCAUUCUUAGCAGUUUCUUUCUCCUAAUCUGCUGCUGUGUCUCACCUAGAGCUUAUUCUUCUGGAUUUAUUCUAACAUUCUUCUUUCAUGUGGUGCUUCUUUCUAUUUCUACAGGUUGUAUAGGUUCAUAUGUAUAUAUGCAUACAUAUUGAUUUCCAGUUGAAGCGUUGCCAUUGAGUACCAUUGGAGAUUUACACAAAACUGCCAUUUCCUAUUCAUUGUUCAGUCCCACUGUGCCUACUAAUUGUUAGCUGCUUGUUAUAGUAAACUUGAUUUCUUAGGAAGCUUAAUGUUAGUUCAUAGAAAACUGCAGUAUUGUAGUCUAAUGAUGUUUGUGUGAAUUAGUUUGUAGAAUGACACCCUGCCUUUCCUGCCAGUGCUGCGUUCAUUUAAGUGGCCAAUAGCUGUAGCUACAUGUGUGCUGUUGCAUAAACAAGCAAUGUCUGAAUCCAAUUAACUGUGAAAUUCAGGAUGUGCCAUUCCUAUGCUGUUUCUGAUGAAAAUAAAUGUACACUUGUUUACAUUCUCA